UGUUAUGGUGGUGAGGUUAAUGGACGACAAAAAUAGUUUUGAUAAAUAUUUGGACCGAAGAUAUUGUACUAAUUUAAUAUGUGAAAACAAAGUUUAAACAUUUUAAGAGCGUCAAAGUCCAGUUGUUAUGUUAUUUCUUUCUAUUGUAUCGUCAUAACAUCGUUAAAAACAGUGUUCAGAAGUUCCUUUGUCAUGAGAAUAGUUUUCCUAUUACAUAUCGAUCGAUUACGAAAGCGCGUUUUUACAUUGUUUUGUGAAUAGAAGCAAUAUAUUUAAUACCUAAGCAAAUUGUGUAGUACUUAAAUGUGCUUGCGUCAAGAUAUUGGGCUUUGUGGUAAUUCUCGUGAGUGUUCAUUUUCCUAUCGUGUGUUUUCGGUGCACUAGUCUCAAGUUAAACAUAUUUAAAUCACCAUAAAAUUAAAUCACAAAUUCAAAUAUACACAUAAAAUGAGAUAAACAGACUGAGCUGUGUCUGUGAUUGAUCUAGAUACAACACGUCCAUGUAUUGUUGUUCUUUCCUUUCUCGGCUGGGCGUCGGGAUGGCGAGCAUGAGUUCCACGCUCGUCGAGACCGUCUCCAUUAACUACGAGGACUUCAAUGAGAGCUUUCUCACUUGUGGCACGUGUUUAUGCACUUACGACGGUGGAGAGCACACGCCCAAACUUCUGCCAUGUUCUCACACAGUCUGCUUACACUGUCUCACACGUAUAGCUGCCUCCCAGACGCGGGACGCAGGCAGCUUCCGAUGUCCCAUAUGCCGCGAACUUAUCACCAUACCACGGGGCGGGGUGCCCGCUCUACCCCCUUCAUUCCUCGUCAACCAACUACUCGAUUUAAUGGCAAGACAACGCCGAGAAGUUAUACCUCAAUGUAGCUCACAUCCAGGAAGAGAACUGCUCUUCUGUGAGACCUGCGAUUGCGUGUUCUGCAGGCAUUGUGCUGACGGCCCACACAGCGACACGCCGUGCGAUCAUACUGUCGUACCGUUUUCAAUAGCCUUGAAAAGAAUGUCCGAGAUACUAUUGUACAGAGCGAAUGAGUGCCUCAGUAAGCUGGGUUCUGCCAGGGAGGCGGUGGCGAAUGAGCUACGAAGGUUGGAAGCUGCUGCGACGGCGGCCGACGAAGCGAUUGACAGGCAUUUUGCGGAGUUGAGGGCGGCACUGGAUAAAAGACACAGUGAACUGAAGUCGGCCGCUGCGGCCGCCGCUACACACAAACGGAAGCUGUUGGAAGAACAACUAAAGCUGAUUGAUGCUGAAAAGUCAAAGGUAGAAGCGGAAUGCUCAGGCCUACAGCAGCAAGUGGAAGUUCGCGAAGUGAGUAGCCGUGCGGCGGCGCUAGGAGCAAGGCUCAGUGACGCCGCCGCGUUGGCCGAGCCAAGGGAGAACGCGUUCUUGGCUGUGGACUUCGGCCAUAACGACGCUCAGCAAAGAUUCGCGGAGGCUUUGGUGGAGUUAGGCAGAGUCCGGACCAGUACUACAUUCCCUGGCCUAUGCACUUUACAGUUAGAGUCAUCAUGCGUAUGCGGCCUAGAAGUGGUAGUGAUACUGCGCACGGUGGACUACCACGGCGAGCCGCGCAGCACGGGCGGCGACCCCGUCACGGCGGCCGCCACGCUCGACGACGCGCCGCUGCCCUGCGCCGUCACCGACAUGGACUCCGGACUCUACCGUAUCUCGCUGCGGCCGUGGUCGCCAGGCGCGCUGUGCGUGCGCGUGCUGGUGUUCGCGCGCGGCGUGCGCGACUCCCCGCUGCGCGCCGCCGUGCUGGCGGCCGCCGCGCCGCUCGCCGUGUGGGGCGCGCGCGGCGCCGGCAAGGACCAGCUGAGCCAGCCCGUCGCCAUUGCGAGGUGCCCCAAACGCCGAGAGAUUUACGUUCUGGACGCCGGAAACUCCAGAGUCAAAGUGCUGGACGAAGAAACGUUUGCGUUCAAAACACAUAUUGUUAAUGAGGGUUUGUCAGGGCGGAGUUGCACUGGUAUAGCGGUAACGGCGGAUGGCGUGUUGGUCGUCAAUUGGCGGACCCGUACUCUCACCGAGGUAAACACGGAAGGCGCAACACUGCGCACGAUCCGCUCCGAGCGCCUCGUGGAGCCGGUGUGCGUGGCGGCGCACCCCGCCUCGCGCCGCCUGGCCGUGGGCGACAACGGGGCGCGCGCCGUGUUCCUGUUCGACGCCCAGGGGAACAUCGAGAGGGAGGUGGGAAGUGGCGAACUAGGAUUGGUUGGAGGGCUGGCGCUGUCGCAAGAUUUGCUCAUAGUGGCUGAUGUUGCUGUGAAAGUUUACGACUUGGAGGGGAAUCUCAAAAAUACGCUGGCGCCUGUGCCUAAAGGUCGCGGCGGCUACGGCGGCAUAGCCGUCGAGGAGUCCGAGGAAGAUCUUCGGAUAGUGUGCGCUCGUUCCGUGCGGGGCCGGGCGGGGCUCGUGGUGGUGUCGGCGUCCGGGGCCGUGCUGGCGGCGAGCGAGCUGGCGGAGCGGCGGCCGCGGCGGGUGGCGGGGCUGGCGCUGCUGGCGGGGCGCCGCGCGCUGCUGGCCGACCUCGCCGGGGACUGCCUGCGGCUGCACUCCUACUGGUGAUGGGACAGUGUAUAUCAGCCAAGGAGAAAAGCCUGAUGCCGUGUGGCAAUCGUUAUCGAAUUUCAUGCUAGUCCAAUAUUAUAAAGGAAUCGAACCGUUGGCCAUAUUCGAGCGGAAAGUACUUGCACCAAAGUCUAGCGGCGAACGCUACAUUAAUCAUAGUACUUACAGUAUUUAUUUCGUAUUAAGUCGGUUAAGCUAAUUUUGUUUUUAUUUUUUUUUAUGUCGAGUUUACUCGGCGUUCAUCGUGUAUAUUUUGACAAAUGCGACUGAUUUUUUUAUGUUUUGUGACUUUAGUUUUACAAUCGUCAAAAUGUAAGCGGUGCACACUGCUUUUAGUCCUAAGACUAAGUCAAAAAUAAUUUUGCAUUACUAUUUUGGCGACUGUACCUUAAUAAGUACACGUCACAUUUCAGUUUUUCUUUUUAUAUUUUUGUUAUCAAAAGGUGAAGUCACUCAUCUCAUUAUAUGUUAUUUAUAGAAAUUUUCAAAAAAUUUAUUGGCAAUUAUAAUUUUUUCUUACUAGUCGUACAACAGUGGCAUUUAUUCAAUCGAAAAUUAUUUUACUAUUUGAUAUCUUAUUUAUAUUUAUAAGAGAGGAAAUCGGAUUAAUCUCACUUAUUUGUAAGACUUCACGACAAUAUGUAGAGGAAAAAAACUACUUAAUAAAUCGUGUCAUUUAUCAGUGUAGCCAUGUUUACUGAAUUUCAUAAUCAAGGAUUAAUAAAUAGAAAAUAAGUCAUAGCCCAGUUUAUUUAUAUUUUUCAAAGCAAGGGCUAAACGUGUAGUUUGAAAUCAUGACACCAUUUAAAAUAAUUACCUAUACUUUCAAAAAUCAUUCUUAUUACAUUUCGACUCAUAACGCUAUGAGUUUUUUAUCUGUGAUUUUGACUACUACGUAGCAGUAUCACGAACACACGGACAAAUUUAUCACUAAUAAUUAUCGUUAUAUCAUUACAAUAUAUGAUUUGUUACAAUAACUGCAUCAUUACAUUGCUCAAUGGGACUAUAACACCAUAUCAUGAGAAAUUGCUUCCAUUUUGCUAGAAAGUAGACGUCAUAAUUCGCUAGAAUUGUUAUGAUUGGGUCAGAAUAAUCAAUUUAAAAUAAGUCAAUAUUCAAAAUGAUUACUACUUAAUUAACUCUAUUCGUAAAUAUUUGAAUUAUGUGUUGUCGGUAGUAAAACGAUUGGGAAUAAAUAUUUUCAUAAUAAAUAACGGCUCAUAAGAUAAAUAAAUAAAUAUUUUUGAACGUACAAAUUAUCAAAUUCAAAAUCAGGCAGCACAUCUUAUGUACACGCUUCAAUUUUCCAAAACGAUCACGCUUUUAGAUCUAUUUUAUAACUUUUCUCACAUAUACCAUACCUGCUCUAAAUUGAGGAAAUUUUUGUAGGCAAAUAAAUCUCAUAUUUUACGACAUAAUAUUAAUAAGUCAAGACGUUAAUAUUUACAGUUAAGAAGAGUAAAAAUGUAUUUCAAACAUUUGAAUUUACUUUUCUCUUAAAUUACAUUCAGUUGUUCUACUUUUGCGGUUUCUCCGCAUUGGGCUAAAUAAUAAAGUAUAUUUUUGUAUCGUAGCAGUCUAUAUAUGUAAUUUCUAACUAUGCUAUCCGCAUUCCCAAACAAAUCAUUUAAUCUGCACAAAUUGCAAUAAACGGGCAUCCUUAUUUGUUUCUAGCGUACCGAAUUAAGAAUUAAGUCUUACUUUUAAUAAAAACACCGAUAGGGUCGUGUCUUAACAACCUUUUUAAUUAAUUAUUAUGUAUCAGAACGGUGCUUUUACCGUAGACACAAUAAUACUUAUAAGAUAAUAAUUAUGAAAAAAAUCGGUAGUUCAUGUUACAAAUAACUGUUGAAAUAGUUAUCACCGCGUACGAGGCUUAUGUUAUUUAGUUGUAAAGUUCGUAAUAGAAUGUUUUAUGUUAAUGAAAGUGAUGCGAUAUAGUUGAAUUGAAAGUGAAUGUUUUUUUUUAAGCAGAAUGUCCAUUUAAUCUUAGCUGCCAUACUUGAACACCCAGUGUAGUGUUAGACAUCACGUUUAUAUACGAUAGACCAAUGAACGCAUUUCGGUUUCUGUAUUAUUUGUUAAUUAAAUUAUUACUUUUUAUAUUUUGAGAACAUUCAAACGAUUGAUCUAGGUAGCUGGACAAUUUAGAUGUAAAUUACACUCAUCUGUGUUCUAUUUAAUUAAAGUAUGGAUAUUCAGAAUAGAUUCAUUACGACUACCAUGUUUGUAAAUCUGCGACGCGUUGUUCCGUAUAAAUUUCAAGAUACUUAGUUGCUAUUCCAAACAAAAAUCUACUCUGUAGGCUUCUCGCAUGUUCUUUACAAUUAGCACAGUUAGCUAGUUAGUCUUGUUGGUCACAAACUAACCCAUACGUCACUGCCUUUGUCAUAUACAGUGCAUUUACAUAGUACACACAGGUAUAUUGUAUUUCAAGAGAUGGCUGACUUUUGUUAUUUACGAUAGGAGGAUAUUAGUUAUCAGUGCAAGUCGUCGGUGGCUUGUGUAGUGGUUGUCUGCUUUGAGAAAGAGGUGGGGUCUCUCUUUCAAUUUUUUUUCGGUCGCCUUCAGAGUUCAAAGUUGACACAAUAAGGGAAAGACGAGACAUACCUUAAGUCUCGUCUCUCCCUUAUUCUGUCAACUUUUGCAAAUACCGCUUCCAUCAGUAUACCACUGCGUGACUGUUAAACUACCAAUGUACUGACCUCAAUGCAAGAUAAGCCUCUUAGCGAAAGUAACCAUAAAUGUAGCUUAUUUAAUUGUGCAUUAUUUUAUUACUCAGCUUGAUGAACGAAAUGGGUUGUUGCAUAUAGAAGGUAAAAGUUCCAUGUUACUUCAGUGAAAACGGUAUAUUGGUACAAAAAUAAAGUGUUCAUUAUUAGACAUGUUUUUCUUUGAAUAUAUGAAAACUAACGCUUACUAUUUAAACAUAUUUUCCGUUUUGUUUCUAUUGAAUACUACAGAAUUAUAUAUUUUGGCAAAUCAAGUAUUUUAUGACAAAAUUGUAGGAAUUGAUUCUGUAACUCAUUCAAGUUAUCUCAAAGCAAAUUGUAUUUUAUCUAAAGCUGUGAAACUGUACUUAAAUUAUAAAUAAAAUCACAUCUACUAUCUCAGUGUAUCUAUUAUGUUACUUUGUGCAGAACACAAUAAAAAGUGAAAAUUAUUACGUAGUUUCAUUGAGUUUCCUUUUCCAU